AUGGCCUACAGGAGACAGUCCGUUUGCAGCCUGACACAAUUACGAUUCGGUCCAGUCCCAAUACCGACACCUCUUAUUACACGGUUUCCCACUAUCCCAACACCAACUUUCCUAAUGCCUUUCCCAACCAUGCCAACGUUCCCAUCUGUACAAGACAUAGCAAACUCAGUGCCAAAAAGAGGUGGAACUUACACCGGUGUGGCAGUGAGCACACAGGCAGAGGCAAAGCUAAACGGUGAUGGUACUGUCAUUAAAAAAGGCGGUUCUACUAUUGUGAUCAAUGACGACGGGAAAGUCACAGUGCAGACCUCUGGAGAUGCACCACCAGUCGUUGGGAUCAAGAAUAAAAUAUUUAAGCCGAUUCCACCAUUUAAGUUCAAGAGCAUGUACGACAGUUUCGAUAAUUUCAAAAAUUUUGGCCGGUUCCAUAAUUUUCCCAACUUGAAGCCAAUCGACCCUCAUAUGAUCAAGACAUACGUGCCCAAAAGUGGGGAGAUCUUCCAAGGUCAUGCCAUUGCCAGUAACAGUUACUCAUCUAAUAUCAAUGGAAAGAUAUCACAAGGAGGUCACAUAGUCACCAUACUGAAUGACAAUGGAAAAGUUAAAGAAGAAAAUAUAGCUUUUUAAAAAAU